AUGGCAUUUGAGAAAUUCACCGAUUUCGAAGGUAUUUCAAUUGAGGAAAUCGACAAUGAAUGGUGGUUUGAUCUGUCGGAUCAGCGCGAGGUGAAGCUCAGAACUGGUGAAAGACAAUGGUUUAAAGAGAAACUUACAAUACCCUGCCAAGUUCCCAUUUGUUGCGAAGAUAUUAGGGUCGUUCGCGACAUACACAAGUUUUCGGACCUGUCGAUGGUACAGGACAUUCAACCAAAGAGCUUUGCUCCGCUGGAAUCACUUCGGGAUGAAUUAGGAAAAGCGUUGACGGAAAAAACAGCUCAAGACGACCCAGAGACGCUCGAUGACUCGGAUUUGGAGCUCCUGGCUGGUGACGAUUAUUUCGUAGAAGACACGCAUAUCGAAAAAAAAGGUCAAGUUAAGUCUGCGGCAACUGUACGCACAAGGCUCAUUGCGAGCCGAGGGACGUUGAAAAGUGAUUUCAAAGAACAAGUGUUUCCAUGUCCUUUCGAUAUUAUUGAUUGCAAAAUUAGAUACAGCAGUUUGGAAAAAACAGACGACGUAGCGAUUAUACUAUCAUCCGAGGGCUUGAUAUACUCCGUAGCUUUCGAUGCUAAAUUAAACCCAGUGGUCCUACAGUGGUGGGAGUUGAAAAAAAUUGACGGCGUACCUUGUGGAAUAUGCAUGCUGUCAUCAUCCAGCCAAUUUGUGAUAACCACUGACACAACGCUCAAAUUCUACAAGUUUAUUGACGCAUACCAUUUUGAGCUGGUGAGUAAUUGGCAUUUGAUGGACACAGCCAUUUCCGCUACUGCUUUUCUUAGUAGCGGUGAUCGAAAAGAUCAUUUUAUGCUUUUCACAGCCCUCAAGCGGCGGAAAGAAGUCAUUUUGUGCUUGACCCAAUGGGGAAGUCCCGACCAAGAACGCAAAGAGGUCCACACGUUGACUUUGCUUGAUGGUGAGCCAAUUUCAAACAUCGUCUCUCUGGAUGAUUCACGCUGCUUAGCGUUUACCAACACCGACAUCAAACUUGUCAGCGCUAACCAAAUAUUGUCAGGCGAGCUUACGUUUGAAUCGUUCAAGCGAUCCAUGUUUGGCAGCCGUGUUACUAAAUGUUUUGAUGAUCCCAUUUUACUCUCUAGAAUAAGAAGCUUUAAAGAAGAUCUUCAAGACGCAGUCCAUUGCUCGGUCAUCGCCACCUCGAAUGGCGCCCUUUGCUGUUGUUUGAGUGAAGAAGACGGUCCGGUGACUUUCUUGGCUCUGACCAGGGUAAAAGGUCUCGAUAAUGCAUUUCUGCUCGAUAACAGUUCCACUUCUGACGACUGUUAUACUGUUACGAUUUCAGCCUACGGCCAGUUGACUGAUAUAUGUCUCGAUCUGCGUAACAUAGAUGAACUGGACAAAGACUUCAAGAUCAGCUCUUCUCAAAAUAUUCGGAGUAGCAAAAUCAUCAGCGCAGGGCAUCAACCAGCACAAUCUAUAGCAUAUGUUCCACGCUUACAAACCCAGUUAGAUCAACAAGACCGACCGUGCUUGUUGUCACAAUCUACCCUGUCUUUGAUUUCUCCUAAAGAACCUGUACAAACUUGUUCAGUGCUCUAUUCAACCAGAUCAUUUAAAGCAGUUUCAACUUUGAAUGUGAUAGACUGUUUGGAUCUGCCAGAAAAAUGGCAGCGGCAAUUGUUUGGAGACGUAUCUAAAGGAGGCUUUCAGCAUUUGAUCUUAAACGAGACUCGCACUGGCAAAUCUAGUUUGCUAUUGAUCGAAUGGACUGCUGAUUACAGCACCCAUAAACUAACUGAGCUGGAUGACUUGUUGAGGGAUGACCUGAAUUGUACCAUUGCAGUUCAUUUCACAGAUCAUAAUAUCGUCCAAGUAACAUCCCAUGUUUUAAGUGUCGACGGAUUCGAAAGCAAUGAUUGGCAUUCGUAUCAGUUUAACUUUUCUGCUAAUGGAGCAGUUUGCGAUAGGGAGAGAUUGAUUGUGUGGAACUCUGAUAGCGGUAAUAUGUUGUUCAUUAAAGAUGUGAACGACACUCGAUUCGAAAUGUACCAUGAGCUCAAGAUUCCUUUCAAGGACAGUCAUUCGAAAAUCACAGCGGUGAUGUUCGCUAAUGAUGAACAUGGUUUAGAGUCAAUUCGUGUUGUGAGCGGCGAAACUGUUUAUCAGGUGUAUUGGGAUGACCUUGAUUCUCUAGAGAAUGCAUUUAAAGAGGUGAAUGAAGUUCAGGUUCACUAUGGCAGUACAUAUGGAGCUGAAUCGGUUCUAAGUGAUUUGAACGGGGGAGUUUAUCGGUGGCGCACCGACGACUGUAUGCCAGCUAAGUUGAGAUUAGACAAGCUGAAUGUAGAAUCAGAGUUUGGCUUUCCAUGGGAGAUUCGUUUCGUUAGUAAGAGCGAAUGUGUAUUAUUCUCUCCCCGCAGAAUGUACCUACUGAAACUAACAGACAUGAGUUUCGUGGAAAUUUCACUAGGAUUUCACAAAAAACAUGCUACGAUGAUAGACGCGAGAAUAAGCGGAAAACUUCUGUUUGUACUUUUCUCAGACGGGCUUGAAGUGCUAUUUCGCAGCUCUCUCACCUAUACGCGUUUGCACCUACCAGUGAAAAACGCCAGGAUUAAGCACAAGAAAUUUCUGCAUUUAGACCGCAUCAACCGGAUGCUGAUAGUCAAUUGGUCCCGAAAGACUCUCGAAUCCCUUAAAUUGGAAAAUGGAAGGCUGAUGUUACUCGACUCUCAAUGUCUGGAGGCUUUUUCAACAAUCAUCGAGACCAUUGAAUUGAAGUCCAACGCCGGUCCUAUCAAUGUGUUAAUUGCUGGAAGUACUGACUCAGGCCACUGGUUGCUAAAGUUGUUACAAGUUGUACCAUUGCCAGGAAAGCUUAUUACUCGGGAUGCUAGCACUCAUCGAUUUGAGGGUCCGAUUCCAGAAAAUGUUCAGCUUGUUCCUGUGAGCGAGAGCUCAUUUUGGAUUUCUUUUGACACACAUCUUCAGUUGUUUUCAUUGGAUCACGACACGCUAAGCCCCAUGGGCGUGGUGGAACAUUCAGAGGAAAAGUUUGAAUCUUUGGAUGCGAGGCCAGAUAUUCUAGUGGCACUAAAACGUAACGGGGACUUCAAAGUCAAAACGAGACAAAACGAUGGAACAUGGCUUUCAGCCGAUAUACUGCGAAACCCCUCGAGCAGUUUAAAAUAUCAUAAGACUCUCGUAAUUAGCCGUGAUCUUGUUGUUAUGGUGGGAGAGUGUCACGACAUAUUGGCUGCUUGUGCCGUUAUGACAUUUUUCACUCCAUUACGCGACGAAGUGGUAUAUUUCAAUGACAUUUGGUUCGCUGAACGCAUAAAGGACGUGAAAUACUCGCAUAAGAACGAAGAGCUGUGCGUUCUUCUCGAAAGCGGCAAUGUGACGUUCUUAGGCAGCCAACGGGAAUAUCACAAGGUAUCUCACGUUAUUGGACAAAGGGUGCGUAUUGGUCCAGCUCAGGGCAAAAUCGGGCAAACCGGCUGCUGGGAUAUCAUGCCGCAUCAACUAGUAUUGUCUCAGACAUGA